GCCAUGUCCUUCUUCCCAACCACCCUCCCCGCCCUCCCCCUCCGCGAGGCAAUCGUGGACCCGGUCUACCGCGCCGUCCUCUCCUUCGACGGCAACGAUCUCCCCCUCUUCGAGUCCGCCUUCUUCGAGGACGCCGCUUUCGACUUCAACGGCAGCGUGAUGGAGGGCCGCGCGGCCAUCAAGUCUGGCAGCUGGGAUAACGUUUCCAAGCUGGACACCACUCACUUCCUUAGCAACGUGCGCAUCAACCUGCCCUCUGAGGACAGUACGACCGCGACGGUGACCGCUUCGGCUUUGGCCCAACACUUCCGUGCAGGCCAGGGGAACCAGCCCGACACUACCCGGCUGACGAGCGGGGCGCUUUACUCGAUCGAUGUGGCCAAGGAUCCCGCGGAUGGGAAUGGGCUGUGGAAGAUCAAGCUCUGGAGGAUGAAACUGGUGUGGACGGAGGGAGAUUGGGGGGUGAUGACGGGAAACUAG